GGAGAUUAUUUUGCAGCCUUUGGCCAGUCAGUGAAUCAAAAGGGCACCCUCCUCCCCCUCAGACAUGGCAACAGCUUAAAUGAACUGAGGGACACGUCUACUAAAGAGGAAAUGGAGAAGCUGAAGAAGCCAGUUGCUAGCCCCUUCAAAGGCAAAGACAUCACUGCUCUAGCAGAGAAGCUUAAACAUGUCACCCUGAAUACCCCACUCCAGUUCAGCGCUCAGGCUCUGAGGCCCCAUUCAAAGAACACUGCUCGGUUUGGCUGUCUCAGCCAUCACCCUUUCUUCUCACGGCACAAUCCCCACCCUCAUCGAGUGACUCAUAUCCAAGGUUUGAACGGUGCUCCUGUUUGCACAGUUAAUGAUGAGUGGUCAGAGCAGACCAUGCUUCCACCUCAUCCAAUGAUAAAAAGUCAGGUUCGUGCUUCUAUUAUAGGGGUGCCUGUGGCCCAAAUGCCGAUUGGAGACCCACAACCGAUUCCAGUUCCCAGGUUAUCGAUCGGUUCUUUGUCCAAUGCAUGGCGAGAAGAACUGAGGGAACUUGCUGCAAGAGUGAGAGCUGCCUCCUCCACUGAGGAAAAGGAGACAAAAGAGAAGUUCCGAAGGGAGACACAGUAUUCAGAAGAAACUGGAUGUCUCAUUCCACCUGCCUCUCGAGCCACAACUCGCCAUUCAUCCUGCCGCUUGCACAGGAACAAUGCCAAGAAUAAAGGCAAAGAUGCUGCCCUGCCUUUCCAGGACCAAGAACUGAUAAUCUUGGAGCUGCUGUGUCAGAUCCUGCAGACAGACUCCUUAACAACUAUUCAGCAAUGGCUGCUUACAGCUGGUCAGAGGGAAAAGGAUAUUGUCAUGGGAUUACUGCAGAUUGCAACUGCCAACCUACACCUUGAGCCCCAGGAGCUGACCACAAGCAUGGAAGAGAGACUUCCAUCACAGUUGUCCCAAAAUGCCGCAGGCUUUGCCUCCAGACCACACGGCCUUGGAAGAAAUCAUUCAGCUAGGCUGUCUGUUAUGAGACCAAAACAAGAACCUAUCUCAGAAGAAGAGAAGCCAGUGUUCAUUGGCACUGAAGAGGUUUUCCAGCUUCACCCCAUCCUGGAUGAAAAGCAAACGCAAUCAGAUCAAAUCAAUUAG